UGUGGGGCAGAGCCAGCUCAUCCCUGUGAGUCCUGAAGUCAUCAAGCGCCGGCGAGGGGGCCUGAUUGAACAGCGAGAUAUCAUUAAAGCACAUGAAGCACAUAAGAUGCAGAGCACACCUCAGGCAAGGCGGAAGGAGUGGGAAAUGGCUCGCUUUGGUGAGGCGAUGGCUGGCAGGCUGGGAUCCAGUGAUGGAGCCACUGAACAGAACAGGAACCGCCAGGGAGCCCCGGCACCUCAAGGGGGGACCCCAGGAGCCUAUAAGCAAACCAAAGCCCAAAGGGCCAGGACGAUGGCACUGUACAACCCUAUCCCCGUCCGACAGAACUGCUUCACAGUCAACAGAUCACUCUUCAUCUUUGGGGAAGAUAACAUUGUCAGGAAAUAUGCCAAGAAGCUUAUCGACUGGCCUCCCUUUGAAUACAUGAUUCUGGCAACUAUCAUUGCGAACUGCAUCGUUCUGGCCCUGGAACAGCAUCUUCCUGAGGAUGAUAAGACGCCUAUGUCUCGGAGAUUAGAGAAGACAGAACCGUAUUUCAUUGGGAUCUUUUGCUUUGAAGCUGGCAUUAAAAUUGUGGCUUUGGGAUUUGUUUUCCACAAAGGCUCGUACUUACGGAAUGGAUGGAACGUCAUGGAUUUCAUUGUCGUUCUGAGUGGCAUUCUUGCCACAGCAGGGACACAUUUCAACACCCAUGUGGACCUGCGGACUCUGCGGGCGGUGCGGGUUCUCAGACCCUUGAAGCUUGUCUCAGGCAUUCCUAGUUUACAGAUUGUACUCAAAUCCAUCAUGAAGGCAAUGGUACCUCUCCUCCAGAUAGGCCUCCUCCUUUUUUUCGCUAUCCUGAUGUUUGCCAUCAUUGGCUUGGAGUUCUAUAGUGGAAAGCUGCACCGGGCUUGCUAUGUGAAUAAUUCAGGUGAAUUACAAGAGCUGGACCCACCUCAUCCAUGUGGGGUGCAAGGAUGCCCUGCAGGUUACGAGUGCAGAGACUGGAUUGGUCCCAACGAUGGGAUUACUCAGUUUGACAACAUUCUGUUUGCUGUGUUGACUGUCUUCCAGUGCAUUACCAUGGAAGGAUGGACUACAGUGCUAUACAAUACCAAUGAUGCCUUAGGAGCCACCUGGAACUGGCUGUACUUCAUCCCACUCAUCAUCAUUGGAUCAUUCUUCGUUCUCAACCUUGUCCUGGGAGUGCUUUCUGGGGAAUUUGCCAAAGAAAGAGAGCGAGUGGAAAAUCGCCGGGCCUUCAUGAAACUGAGGAGGCAGCAGCAGAUUGAGCGGGAGCUGAAUGGCUACCGAGCAUGGAUAGAUAAAGCAGAGGAAGUCAUGCUGGCUGAAGAGAACAAAAAUUCUGGCACAUCAGCUUUAGAAGUUCUCAGGAGGGCAACCAUUAAAAGAAACCGCACAGAAGUCAUGAAUCGUGACUCCAGUGAUGAGCGUGUGGAUAUCUCCUCAGUGGGUACCCCACUUGCUCGUGCCAGCAUCAAGAGUGCUAAAUUGGAUGGAGCUUCAUACUUCCGGCACAAGGAACGGCUCUUACGCAUCUCUGUUCGUCACAUGGUGAAAUCCCAGGUCUUCUACUGGCUCGUCUUGAGCAUAGUGGCCCUCAACACUGCCUGUGUGGCCAUUGUCCAUCACAAUCAACCUCCAUGGCUCACUCAUCUCCUCUACUAUGCAGAAUUUAUAUUUCUGGGGCUCUUCCUCCUAGAGAUGUCCUUGAAGAUGUAUGGGAUGGGGCCACGCCUUUACUUUCAUUCUUCAUUCAACUGCUUUGAUUGUGGGGUCACAGUAGGAAGCAUAUUUGAAGUUGUUUGGGCUAUCUUCAGACCUGGCACCUCUUUUGGGAUUAGUGUCUUGCGAGCCUUACGACUUCUGAGGAUAUUUAAAGUCACAAAGUAUUGGGCUUCCUUGAGGAAUUUGGUGGUCUCACUGAUGAGUUCUAUGAAGUCUAUUAUCAGCCUCCUCUUCCUCCUUUUCCUCUUCAUUGUAGUCUUUGCCCUGCUUGGGAUGCAGCUGUUUGGUGGCAGAUUUAAUUUUAUGGAUGGGACUCCUUCUGCAAAUUUUGAUACUUUCCCAGCAGCCAUCAUGACGGUUUUCCAGAUCUUGACAGGUGAAGACUGGAAUGAAGUGAUGUACAAUGGGAUCCGCUCCCAAGGCGGUGUGAGCUCAGGAAUGUGGUCAUCCAUCUAUUUUAUUGUUCUCACCCUGUUUGGAAACUAUACUCUGCUUAAUGUCUUCUUGGCCAUUGCUGUGGACAACUUAGCCAAUGCACAAGAGCUAACAAAGGAUGAGCAGGAAGAAGAAGAGGCUUUUAAUCAGAAGCAUGCUCUGCAGAAAGCCAAAGAAGUCAGUCCUAUGUCUGCUCCCAACAUGCCUGCUAUAGAAAGAGACAGAAGGAGAAGACACCACAUGUCGAUGUGGGAACCACGCACCAGUAAUCUGAGGGAGAGGAGAAGGCGGCAUCACAUGUCUGUGUGGGAACAGCGGACCAGCCAGCUCCGCCGACACAUGCAGAUGUCCAGCCAGGAGGGCAUCAACAGUGAGGACCCUCCUUUGCUUAAUCCCCAUGCCAGUAUUUUUCGGAGGAGGAAGCUACUGGAAAACUCUGGCCUUGAAAAGAACGAGGAGGGGCAAGGGGGCAGAUCAGAGCGGGCAAACGGAGAAGGCCAGGAACAGCAGAUCCCGGGUUCCACUCCUUGCCCAAGCAUUCAGGAAGACCAGAGGAGCUCAUCUCCUCGACCCAAGAGGGAAUGGGAAGAGUGGCAUCACAAAUCUUUCCAUGGGAACUGUGAUCUGAAUGAGUCAGAAGCUGGAGGUAGUGUGGCCUUUGAGGAGCGGGCUCGCCUCCGACAGAGUCAGAGGCGCAGUCGACAUCGCAGGGUGAGAACAGAGGCCAAGGAGCACAAGCCAGCCAGCCAGGAGACCGGCCCAGAAGGGGUUGUGCCAGUGGAGGGAGAGCAGAAUGUAGAACAGAAGAAAAAUGAAGAGGAAAAGGAAGCCUUGAUUGAAAAGGAGCAGAGGACUGGUGAGGAACUGAACAUUACCAAUGAAGUCCCAGCGAAUGAUGCUGGGUUUCCUGUGGCCUCCCAAGAAACAAGUUCCUCUGAAGGCCAUCUUGAUUUGGGCAGAGGCAAAGAUAUCAGUCCAGCAGAGCAAGAUGGUAGCAGCCUAGACACAAGCGAGCAAGCACUACUGGGUGACCUGCCAAUGGAGACAGGCAGGACUAUCAGCAGAAGUGAACCAGAUCUCUCCUCCAUCACAACCAAUAUAGAGAAAGCCACAGAGAGCACCGCCAUCAUGAUUGAUGUUCAAGACUCUGCUGUGGUACAGAUUAGCAACAAGGCAGAUGGAGAAGCCAGCCCUUUGAAAGAAGCAGACACAAAGGAAGAAGAGGAGGUGGAAGUAGAGAAGAAGAAACAGAAAAAAAAGAAAUCAGAGACAGGCAAACCAAUGGUGCCACACAGCUCCAUGUUUAUAUUCAGCACCACAAACCCAAUCCGAAGGGCCUGCCAUUACAUCGUCAACCUCCGUUAUUUUGAGAUGUGCAUUCUUCUGGUGAUUGCAGCGAGCAGCAUUGCUUUGGCAGCAGAGGACCCUGUCUUGACCAACUCAGAGAGGAAUAAAGUCCUGAGGUAUUUUGACUAUGUUUUCACUGGUGUGUUUACCUUUGAGAUGGUUAUUAAGAUGAUAGAUCAGGGAUUGAUACUACAAGAUGGCUCCUAUUUUCGAGAUCUCUGGAACAUCUUGGAUUUCAUUGUGGUGGUCGGAGCACUGAUGGCCUUUGCCUUGGCGAAUGCUUUGGGGACCAACAAAGGUCGGGAUAUUAAAACUAUCAAGUCUCUUCGUGUUCUACGAGUCUUGAGACCUUUGAAGACCAUCAAGAGGUUGCCAAAACUCAAGGCAGUCUUUGAUUGCGUUGUAACAUCACUGAAAAAUGUCUUCAACAUACUAAUUGUCUACAAGCUCUUCAUGUUCAUCUUUGCCGUCAUCGCAGUCCAGCUCUUCAAGGGAAAAUUCUUCUACUGUACAGAUAGCUCAAAAGAUACAGAGAAAGACUGCAUAGGCAACUAUGUGGACCAUGAGAAAAACAAGAUGGAAGUGAAAUGCCGAGAAUGGAAGCGCCAUGAAUUUCAUUACGAUAAUAUCAUUUGGGCUUUGCUUACCCUCUUCACUGUUUCCACAGGGGAAGGAUGGCCACAGGUUUUGCAACAUUCUGUGGAUGUUACUGAGGAGGACCGUGGCCCCAGCCGCAGCAACCGCAUGGAAAUGUCCAUUUUUUACGUGGUGUAUUUUGUAGUCUUCCCUUUUUUCUUUGUUAACAUCUUUGUGGCUCUCAUCAUCAUCACUUUCCAGGAGCAAGGAGAUAAAAUGAUGGAGGAAUGCAGUCUCGAGAAGAACGAGAGAGCCUGCAUUGACUUUGCUAUCAGUGCUAAACCCCUCACCCGCUACAUGCCUCAAAACCGACACACCUUUCAGUACAGAGUCUGGCACUUUGUGGUCUCUCCAUCAUUUGAAUACACCAUUAUGGCCAUGAUAGCACUUAAUACUGUCGUUCUAAUGAUGAAGUACUAUUCUGCUCCCUACACCUAUGAACUGGUUUUGAAGUACCUGAACAUUGCUUUUACCAUGGUUUUCUCAUUAGAAUGUGUCCUGAAAAUUAUAGCCUUUGGCUUUCUGAAUUAUUUCCGUGACACCUGGAACAUCUUUGAUUUCAUCACUGUAAUUGGUAGCAUUACAGAGAUUAUCUUGACGGAUAGCAAGCUGGUAAAUACGAGCAGCUUCAAUAUGAGCUUUCUAAAAUUGUUCCGAGCUGCCCGUCUCAUCAAACUACUUCGCCAGGGUUACACCAUCCGAAUUCUGCUGUGGACUUUUGUACAGUCAUUCAAGGCCCUUCCUUACGUCUGUCUUCUGAUUGCAAUGCUCUUCUUCAUUUACGCAAUCAUUGGGAUGCAGGUUUUUGGGAAUAUCAAAUUAGAUGAAGAAAGUCACAUCAACCGUCACAACAAUUUUCGCAGCUUCCUAGGUUCUCUCAUGCUUCUUUUCAGGAGUGCCACAGGGGAGGCAUGGCAGGAGAUCAUGCUUUCAUGUCUAGAAGGGAAAGGAUGUGAGCUAGACACCACAGCAACAUCUGGACAAAAUGAGAAUGAGCACUGCGGCACAGAUCUGGCGUAUGUUUACUUUGUCUCCUUCAUCUUCUUCUGCUCCUUUUUGAUGCUCAAUCUCUUUGUGGCUGUCAUCAUGGACAAUUUUGAAUACCUGACUCGAGAUUCCUCCAUCUUAGGACCACACCACCUUGAUGAAUUUGUCCGGAUAUGGGCAGAGUAUGACAGGGCUGCAUGUGGCCGCAUCCAUUACACUGAGAUGUAUGAAAUGCUGACUCUCAUGUCCCCACCACUAGGCCUCGGCAAGAGAUGUCCCUCCAAAGUUGCUUAUAAGAGACUGGUCCUGAUGAAUAUGCCUGUGGCUGAGGACAACACAGUCCAUUUCACUUCCACCUUGAUGGCACUGAUCCGAACGGCUCUGGAUAUUAAGAUUGCAAAAGGUGGUGCAGACUGGCCGCAGCUAGACUCAGAGCUCCAGAAGGAGAUUCUAACCAUCUGGCCUCACCUUUCGCAGAAGCAGCUGGAUGUAUUGGUGCCCAUGCCAAAAACAACAGACCUAACAGUUGGAAAAAUCUACGCAGCCAUGAUGAUCAUGGACUAUUAUAAGCAGAGUAAAGCUAAGAAACAAAGGCAGCAGCUGGAAGAACAGAAAAAUGCCCCAAUGUUCCAGCGCAUGGAACCUUCCUCUCUUCCUCAGGAGAUCAUUUCUAAUGCCAAAGCUUUGCCUUACCUCCAGCAAGAAACACUGUCGGGACUGAGCAGUCGGAGUGGGUUCCCUUCCUUGAGUCCACUCUCUCCCCAAGAGAUAUUCCAGUUGGCUUGUAUGGAUUCAGCCCAAGGGGAAUACCAGGAACAGCAAUCUCUGGAGCCAGAGGUUAGAGAGUUUAAAAGAGAGCAGCCCUCUAACUGUGGCAGCUACCUCCCGGUGGAUACUCAGGAACGAGCGGUAUCUGGGAGGGCCUCUUCCAUGCCACGCCUGACUGUGGAUCCCCAGGUGGUUACAGAUCCAGGCUCCAUGAGACGUUCGUUUUCUACUAUCCGAGACAAACGGACUAACACCUCUUGGUUAGAUGAAUUUUCCAUGGAAAGGAGCAGUGAAAACACCUACAAGUCCCGCCGGCGCAGUUACCAUUCUGCCCUACACCUGUCUUCACGGCGACUCAACACAGACUCAGGCCAUCGAUCUGAUACACAUCGGUCAGGAGGCAGAGAGCGAGGCCGAUCCAAGGAACGGAAGCACCUUCUCUCUCCAGACAUUUCCCGUUGCAACUCAGAGGAAAGGAGUCCACAGGCAGAUGGUGACUCUCCAGAGCGGCAACGGUCAAGGUCUCCCAGUGAUGGCAGGUCACAGACUCCUAACAGACAAGGCACAGGUUCCUUGAGUGAGAGUUCAAUCCCAUCUAUAUCUGACACCAGCACUCCAAGGCGAAGCCGCCGCCAACUUCCUCCAGUGCCACCAAAGCCCCGGCCUCUCAUCUCUUAUGCUGCUAUGAUGCAACACUGUGGAGACACCUCCCCACAUGCUGACGACAGUGAAGGUGGCUCCCCUCUGCUUUCUGGGGCUCUGGAGACAAACAACCCCUGCUUGACUGAGUCUUCCAGCUCCCCAACAGGAAAGCAGAGCCUUCUCUCCACCCCUCAGCGCUACAUCUCAGAGCCUUAUCUGAUGCUUCAGGAUGACUCCCAUGCUUCAGACUGUGGUGAGGAGGAGACACUCACUUUUGAGGCUGCUGUUGCCACCAGCCUUGGCCGCUCCAACACGAUUGCAUCAGGUCCUCGCUCGAGGCACAGCUGGCAGAUGCCCAAUGGGCACUACCGAAGAAGGAGGAGAGGGGCAUCACAAGGGGUGAUGUGUGGGGCUGGCAUCGAUGUACUAAGUGAUACGGAGGAAGAUGACAAGUGCUAGAAGUUGCCUCCCCCUUCACCCCGCUCUCCUCUGACGCAUGCUGUUUGCCACAUUUGAAAUGAAAUGAAAUGAAUUGGAAGUCAAAUGCGGCAGAUAACAAGCCUUUGUGCAAAAAUAAAGAAAAGGGGUCCAGCCCGUUGGUUUUAUUUUUGUUCAUCUGCCUUUUUUAAAAAUUGCACAGAGAAGCAUUUGAUUAGUUCCUGCAUCCAUGGACCCAGCAAAGGUGUACCUACUUGUUAAGUGAAAAUGAAUCAUGGCAACAGCAACUUUCAUCCAAACAGUCACAUGGGCCUCUAUCCCUGAAGAGGCCAAGGGCAUUUGUCCAAGGAGAGGCAGAAGAUGCUAAAGAAGCAUAAUGAGAAACAAGCUGGAUACUAUGGGGCUUUUUAAAAGUUACUUUGACCCCUAGACACUUGCCUCCCCUGAAAAAGAGGAAGGAAGGAAGGAAGGAAGGAAGGAAAGAAACAGAGAAAGGAAGGAAAGAAAUAGAGAAAGGAAAGAAUUCAAGUUGGUGGUUUGAGAUGUAUAGUAUGUGGUAAAUCUUUGAGAUGACCACAUUAUGGCCUCUGAGCCUCAGUCCUACAGGUCAACCAACAGGACAAAUAGGAAUGACCGAUUUCUCUAGAGGUCUUGCCCAGGGUCCCAGCAUGGGUUUUCCUGCAGAUUAUGUUUGUUCUUCAAAAAGCUUAUUAUGCUUGUGACAAAACUGAAAGAUAGACUAUCGUGAAGGAAAGGCAGAGCAGAAGCAAAGAGGGCAAGAAAAGUAGCGCAUGAUUAAGAGAAGGAUUCUGUUAGCGUGAAAACAUAUGUUUUGUACCAUGGCCAAUUUGAUAAGAGUGGAACAAAGAGAGGGUUAUUACUGUGCUAAAUGUAUAUAACUCACCAUACUCAGACAUAUAUAUAUAUAUUCUGAAUUCAGAAGGUAUGGAAGGAUUGUGUGUGAAUGUAUUUAUAUGCUGCGUAUGCACACUCGUAGAGAUCUAUUUUGAUAAGCCAGUUUCUGCACUAGUAUCAAGGCACUGCUCUCUUACCGUCCAGGGUUGGGAGCAUCUUGUCUAUGGAUGUUCUGUGGGGCUAUAGAAAAGAAGAGGUGCACCCCUGACAUUCUCUAGUUCUUGUCUGGGACAUCUCCUCCCCCACAGAAACAUACAUACUGAGAAGCACACCUUACUAUAAAGUGGCAUCAUCUAGCCUAGAUUAAGGGUUUCAAAAGUGGUUUGGUGCUUGGUUUUCCUUUCAAGUGAGCAUUUCUUUUUAUCAUACCUUGAUUAAUAUUUGUUAGGGUUUGAAGAAGAGUAUGCUGAUAUUAGACCAUGGCAUUUUGAUGGCUCAGGAAUAAGGCAUCUAGGUGACAACUUUGGAAUGUUUCUAGAUGUACAUUUGGUCUGAUUUCAGAAGUAGAGCUCUUCUUAAAUGCUUAACAGUUCUUUAGAAAGGGUCAUUAGCAAACUGCACAAAAGCCAGUGGCAUGUACUUUCAAUUAACCAAAGUACUGUGCACAAGUAUGUACAUGCACAGUGACACACACAGAGUAAAAAAAAACACAGAGAAAGAAGGGAUCCUUCAGCAUCUCAGUUGGGCAGACUUUUUCUAUCCUCAGUUUGGAGGACAGCAAAUCCAUUAAUGUAGGAUGCAUGAGUGGAUAAUUUUUACUGUUCCUUGAAUUCUGGAUGGAAGAGGCAUUUUGAUAGUGUUUCCACAUGUGGUUUUGUUAGAAAACAAAAUAAUAAUAACAGGGCCAAGGGAAGAGUGAUACGCAAGUGAAAUACUAGUAGCAGGCUCACUACCUUCAAAAGUAAGAAGGAACACACUAGAACAGGAAAACAGUAUGAAGAACACUGAAUCCCAGAGCUACUCUAGACAUGCUCAGUGAAUGAAAUGUUGCUCAAGUAUCUUGAGUGUCAGAAUUGCUCCAGAGCUGGUGGCUUACAAGUAAGGGAAGUGUGUGAACUACUAACUUUUAUGGCUGGUUAACAGGAUUUUCUACUGAGGUUGUAAUAUUCAAAGCAAAAACAACAAUAACAAUGCAAUGUUUUGUGCCACAUUCCAACUUACAGAUGAUCUUGUACUUUUAUCAUCUGUAUAGUUGAAACCUAUACACCAUUCUCUGGCCCAGUCCUAGUAUGGUAUAAGGCCAUUCUGUCCACCCCUCCAGAUCAUCACUUCUCCUAACCUUUGGGUUAAAUGGCAGCCACAUUGCUAUCUUGUUAUGAGUUUCCAAAGACAAGUAACAGGAGUAGCUUUUACAAAGCAAAUAUAGCACGUGAUCUCCAGUAGUGACUCAAAAGAGAUGGCUGUGAGACAUUUGGGUAGCAGAUCUGAUGUUUGGUUGGUGUACAGUACCAAUCUGCUGAAGCAUCCUUUCAAAAUUAUUCUUUUAUUGAGAAAUGCUGGUGUUUAUAGUUCUGAAAGACUGCUGCUUUGAUGAGGAACAUAGGUAGUUACUUCAUACCAGCUGAGACUAUUAGUUCAUUUAGAUCAAUGGCAGUAACUGUCUGGGAUUUCAGUUGGGGGCUUUAGGGCCACAGGCAGAACCUGAACUAUGGUGGUUUCUUAUCAUUGAAAAGAUCAUACAGUGGGUCCUCUCCAUAUGCAGGGAUCUGUUCCAGACACACUCACACACACACACAUAGGGGGGAAAACGCGUAGGCUCAAACCUCAUUAGUUUCAAUAGGGGAAUGUUCCCGUGUUUGGCACGGCGCGCACCAUGGGCAUGUGAGCCAUUCAUUUUACAGUGGCUUAACCUUCCACAUAAGGUUAAAGUCACAUAUAGCGCACCCGCGUAUGGUGCGGGCACGCUGUAGUUUAGUGGCAGAGCUCAUGUUUUCAUGAAGAAAUGUACCUAGGCCUUCUCCAGAGCUGCUUCAGUUCUAAAGCACAGAUGUAGAAGGACUGGAAAGGGGUACAGUGUUCUUGGUGUGGUGCUACUGCUUUGAUGACUAGAUUUUCUUUUCCUCCCCUGGCUUGGUUUCCAGACUGUUGGGGAAAUUUAGUGGGAGGGCUCCUGAUUGUAGCACUUUAAAUGUACAGCUUUCAGCAUUGCCUCCCAGCCCUGCUUCCUCCCCACAAUCCCUUUCCAUAAUAGGGAACACAUCUCUGUCACUUGGCUACAGGACUCACUCCUCUCCUGUGGUGCCAUCUCUUGCAGUAAGCAAGGCUAGUAGUAGUAAACUGAAUUUAGUCCAGAGUUUAGUCCAAAUGUCAACAAAGCUAUACAAGGUGCUGGAACCUAUUUCUAAAAUAUGUUGCGCACCUUGCAUGGCUUCUUUAAAGUUCAGAAUAAAACCCGGAGCAAACAUGGAAACAAAACCAAUUCCAUAGAGUUUAAAGAAAUUAUUAUUAUUAUUAUUAUUAUCAUCAUCAUCAUCAUCAUCAUCAUCAUCAUCAUCUUACCUGUCUCAAAGCAGGGGGGAAAUAGAGUAAACAUAUAAUAUCAAUUAAAAGAACAUAUAAAACCAAUAUGUAUUAAAAUCAAUCAAUCAACUCUUUAACAUUCAUAAUUUCUGAAUAAUAGCAUUGCCGAAAGAGACUGCCGUUCAGUUACAAAUCUCUUCUGGCAGGUCAUUCCACAGUCUGGGGGCAGUAAAAAAAAAUAUCCCCUCUAUAACAUUCA